GGAAUGUUUCCAAUAUUGUUUUCGCAGUCACAAGUUUCAGCCCAGAAUUAUGUUAUUACGAUGUACAACUCAAAGUUAAACGCAGAUAUUUUCAAUAUUUUGAAAUCAGAAAGCAAGCAAGACAUUGAACGUGGAGAGUUCAAAGCCAAGAUUUUCUAAACUGCCAGAACCGAGAACAAAUACUGUGUUUACAUCUACAGUACAGAAAGGCGACAAAGCGAAAAUUCUUCUUCAUUUAUGGCUAAUGAAACACCAGCUCAGGACUUUCUACCUGUCGCAAGAUGUUUUCAUUUGCUGGAUCCCAAUUUCGACGGAGCUUCACAACGCUUUGUCGUAAACCUUGUGACUGCCAUCAUCAACAUUAUUGCCUCUCCUUUGGCCGUGAUAUCCAAUUCUUUAAUCGUCGUUGCCAUCUUUACCAGUUCUCGUCUACGAACGCCUUCAAAUCUCUUAAUAGGAUGUGUCGCACUCUCAGAUGUGCUUGUUGGCCUAACAGUUCAACCAGGUUACAUUUGUUUUAGACUCAUGGAAAACCAGCAUCGUUCGGUCCCUUGCUUCGUAAGAGUCAUGUAUUCCAAUGCGUUUUACAUUUGUUGCGGGGUUUCUUUCAUGACUCUAAGUGCCGUUUCCUACGAACGUUUAGUAGCAGUUCGACUUCGGGCGAGGUACAAUAACGUUUUUUCGGGAAAUCGUGUUCUUAAAUCUAUGGCCGCUAUUUGGGUCCUGAACAUUGCAUUAACAAGUUUGCAGUGGGUAGGAAUAAACCAAAUAUCAAGAGGCAUUCAUUUGAUCUUGUGGUUUCUCUGUCUUCUGGUUUCCGUAGUUGCAAGCAUUGGAAUCAGUUUGAUUCUGCGACGACAUCAUCGUCAAUUACAUUGCCACAGCACAAUUUUCGAAAACAUCCGAAGACGAAGAGAGUUGAGGCUAACAAGAAAUAUCUUAUUUAUCGUUGGAGUUUACUUGUUGCUCAACUUUCCUGUCUUGUGGGUAAGCCUUUAUCACCAGAUUCUGGAGCAGAACAUCAAGACUUAUAACCACUACAGCUGGACAGAAACUCUUGCUUUUCUGAACUCCUGCACAAAUCCCUUCCUCUGCUUUUGGAAGAAUCGACAAAUUCGUCAAGGUAUUUUUGCGAUUCGAAGAAGAAUAACUUGGCACUUGGCAAAUAGCGACGAAAACGUUACAGCAGUGGGAAUAAGUAGAUACAGUAAAAGUGUUACGCCGUCGAAAUUUACAGGGGAGAUUAACACAGCUAAUACCGCUGAAAACAUGACAUCAAGUACAAUGUGAGAUGAAAAAAAAAAAGACAGUCAGGCAAACUUCCUUUAGAAAAAAUAGCUGGGUAUUCUCUCUUUAUCCAAAUUGCAUAUUCGAAAUCACACCUUGAAUAACGUGCGACUCAAUUUAUUAGCACUAUCCGAGGGUCUCAAUGAAGUAAUGGCUUUUACGGCGAACGGUUGAUAUUUUGUAUUUUUCUUACAUUCAACUAAAAUAGGCGUCAUACAGGCGCAUGUGACUACUGCCUAAGAGUAAAAAUGGGAAGAGUAGAACUGUCUUUUUUUACGAUGAACAUUUGUUUACGGCUAACGGUUAAAAUGUUCCAAUUCUUACGUCUAACGGCCAAAUGUCUGGCCCGUUUUAAGGAUAAUGACCUCGUCCUAUCAUAUCAUGGCAGGGAAAUCUUCUGACGGUCUCAAAAUCAUGCGUCCUUUUGGUUAUUUGUAACCAUUUCCGAUGUGUAUGUGAUCUUCUCUUACAAUAGAAUACAGUUUUUCAUCUAAGCUACCAAUCAGUUCUCGAGCCAGAUAUCAACAUCAUUAUCAUCGGAAGAGGUUUAUAUGUGCAAGAUAUGUUACUCCAUCCUAAUUGACAAUGACUACCAUGAGAGAUUUAGGUACGUGUACAUAGAUAAUUCUUUAGGUAACUAGGGACAAUUUCCAUACAUAGUCUACAUUGGGAAAUCCAAUAUUUAGAUGAACUUGGAAAUUCUCUUUUCUUCCCGUGGUACCUAAAAAUUUUAAAAUGAAAUUCAAUUCGACUAGAGAUUUAAGUCACGUCCGUGUUCACAUACGUGCAUUCGCACAGUAUUUACAUGAAGUACAAAUACCUUAACACGCUUAAAGAAUCUGUUAAGCCUUAAGUUCAAGGAUGAAGACUUUGGGUGCUUUCCAUUCAACCAGAUAAUCCGGAGCUUUCUAAACGGGGGCAGAUGAUAUACAGUUUCCUGGACAAGUUUUCGGAAACUUUUAAAAUUCCUAAAUGAGAUCGAACCAUUCAACUGAAAAUUCUGGAAAGGUCGAUAGGAAAGUCAAAUGGAAAGGAACUUCCCGGUAAGAAAUUCUCGAAAAUUUGUGUAAAGGGAAAUUGGCGUUCCAUUCUCCAAUGGAAAUUUCUGGAAAUCAUGGCUGGAAUUUUAUGUCGAAUGGAAAGCGCCUUUUGUCCUUAUCUUUUUUGCUUUUCUUUUUCUCAACUUAAAUCUAUCAAAAUAGUGAAUGUGAUAUUGAAAGUGGCAUAAACUAGAUCAAAUAUCGUUCGGUAGACUUUUUGAAAUAUAUAUGGUGGCCUCCAGUUAGCAUUAAAACUUUAAUUGUAUUCGGUGAUUUAAGUUGACGAAAAAUGGACCUAACACUUAAUUUAAUAGAUUUAAGUAAUUGAAAAUAACCUAAGGGUGGCUCACUAAAACACUAUCUAGUCAGUAGUUCACAUUUAAUUCAAAUUUAAACCUAUUCUAACUCAAAAAAGGUGUUUUCAUUUUAAACUCACGUUUAAUGUUAUUGAACCCUGUAUUAACCCUAUUCGGAGUAGCCUGAAUUUCAGCCGCCUCCUCCGCUCGCUAAGUCACUCGAGGAGAGAGACGUCGCCUCUCUCCUCGAGUGACUAGGGAACUUAAGCACGAGUCGUUUUAAAGGCAACAGCAACUUCAGCGACCGAAAGAGCCUGGGAAGAGAACAACGUCGUUCCCGCCAAAAUAUAAACGUUAAGCAGCUAGACGAGUUUUGUAGCAGCGACGUCGGUAGCAAACUUUGUUCGCUUUUAAAAUAAGCUGUUUGAGAGAAUGUCAUCCCUCAGUGAAAUGAAAAACCUGCCUCUUUUUUUGUACAACAGUAAAAGCAUCUAUGACGAAGAAUUUUUGACCUUGUACGAAAGUUACAGUUCCAAGAAUCCAGAAUUCCCUUACAGCUCCUACCCAAAGUUUGAUUACGACCAGAUGAUGAAUCAGAGUGUUUAGCGGAGUUCAGAGUGCGAAAACAGGACAUAACAUUAUUGGCAAAUGUUCUUCAACUACCAGUCACUUUCCGAUGUCCGCAAAGAACUUGUGACCGAACUGAAGGGCUUUGUAUGCUUCUGAAGCGCGUCUCGUAUACAUAUCGCUAUYCAGACAUGAUUCAUCGUUUUGCAAGACCAGUUCCUGAAAUAAGCAUGAUUACCAAUACAGUGAUGGAUCAUAUUUUUUUGAGCCAUGGUCAUCGAAUUUCACAAUGGAGUUUUGAUAUAUUGAGUCCGCCAAUGCUACAGGA